AUGCAGCUUAAAAUUUUCGCCGCAGCUUUGGGGCUGUUUGCGCCUGCGAGCGCACUGCUUCGAUUCGGCUGCUCGAGUUUGACCGUCCAGCGCCUAGAUCCCUUGGUCAACCCAGGCAUGAAUCCAUCUGCUCAUCUCCACCAGAUCAUUGGAGGCGAUUCUUUCAAUGCAUCUAUGCCUCCUGAGACACAUGAUCUCGCCGCGCUUUCGACUUGUACCACCUGUCAGUUCACAGAAGAUCUCUCUAACUAUUGGACUGCUGUCAUCUUCUACCGUGGCAAGAAUGGUACUUUCAAGAGGGUCCCGCAGAUGGCCCAGGCAGGCAUGGAAGGCACCCAGGGCGGCAUGGUUGUUUACUACAUGACUGAUGCCCUAUUCGACACUGCCCAAAAGUCUACUGUCACAGCUUUCAAGCCUGGCUUCCGUAUGCUUGUUGGCGACUCAACUUUCCACGACCGCGAGGAAGCCAGGAAGUGGCGUCAGUUAACUUACAUCUGUAUGGAGAAUCAGGGUACUCGUGCCCCAGAGAGUAUCGGUUUCCCUACGAGGCCUUGCCCUGGGGGUAUAAUGGCGAACCAUCGCUUCCCUACUUGCUGGGACGGCAAGAACUUAGAUUCCCCUAACCACCAAGACCACGUCGCGUACCCUGAGAGUGGUACUUUCGAGUCGGGUGGCCCGUGUCCCUCUACGCAUCCGGUUAGGCUUCCUCAAAUACUUCUUGAGACGAUGUGGGAUACUAGAGCCUUCAAUGACCCAGCAGACUUCGCCGACGGCAAGCAGCCCUUCGUCUGGGCGACAGGCGACACCACUGGUUAUAGCAGCCAUGCCGACUACAUGUUUGGCUGGAAAGAUGAUUCCCUCCAAAAGGCCAUGGAUGGACACACGUACGUGUCUGCUCCGAUGCUCAAGACACAAAGUAUUUCCCAGCAGAACAAAUGCAAAGUUCCCGACAUGGUAGGGGAGGAUAUCGAUAGCUGGUUGACCAACCUACCCGGUGCAAAUCCCGUGGUGUAG